AUGGCAACGUCCAUAUUCCGCAGAGCAGCAAAACUUGACCAAUCCUCGACGGCAUUCUUUCUUUGUGAUAUUCAAGAAAAGUUCCGUCAACAUAUCUAUCAAUUCCCCAGUCUUAUCUCAACUGCCACAAAAAUGAUUAAAGCGGCAAAAAUCAUGGAAAUUCCGAUGGUCGUUACUGAGCAGAACCCACAGGGUCUCGGUCACACUGUCAGUGAGCUUGAUGUCACUGGUGCGAAAUUAAACGUUAGUAAGAGCAAAUUCUCCAUGUUCGUUCCCGAGGUUAAGAAUUGGUUGGAAGCUUCUUCAGUCAAAUCUGUUGUAUUGUUUGGGAUCGAGUCUCACGUGUGUGUGUUGCAAACCGCUAUUGAUCUCCUGGAUAGUAACUAUGAGGUUUACGUACUGAACGAUGGGAUAAGUUCGAUGAACUAUCCUGAAAUUGAUAUCGCAGUUAGCAGGAUGAGACAUGCCGGAGCACAUAUUACAACAUCAGAGUCAAUCAUAUUCCAAAUAUUGGGUGACUCUCGCAACGAAAAGUUUAAAAGUAUCUCCAAUCUAAUAAAAGAAACCAAAGAGGAGACUUUAAACAACAAAUUACUCUUCAGGUCAACACUCUAA